AUGAGUCGAUGGAUCGGUUCAAAGAAAUAUGAAGUCGUUUAUGAUUCUGAGCAACACGAAUUUACUUCAAGAUCAUUUUGGAGUCAUUUGAAAGGAAGACAAAAUAUUAUAAUCUUUAUUAUAACAGAACACAAUUACAUUUUUGGGACAUUUCAUUCUAAAUUACCUCCUUCACAAGAAGUAUGGGUUGAAGAUGAUGAUUCUCAUUUCCUAUUUACAUUAAAAAAUCCUUUUAAUACUUCACCUAGAAGAUUUGCUCUUCAAAAAGGAUGGAAGAAAACAUUAUAUAUUUAUGGAGAUGAUCAAAAUAAUGAUAUCUUUAGUGUAUUUAAUGGAUUUUGGAUUUCUAAUAAUAAUGAAUGUUUUAUAAGGACAUUGUUUAAUAAUGGUUAUACUCAUCCUUCAUUAAUUGAUAACACUAUUUUUGUUGGGUCAGAAUGGCCUACAACUUUUUCACUUUCUCGGUUAUUAUGCGUUCAAUUUUUUCAAGAAGAAGAUGGUAUUUAG